AUGGUGGUUGGCCUUGGAGAGGUCGUCAAGACCAGCAGCCUUGUCACAUUACUGGUAUACUUGAAGUUUUUCAUCAGCAAUUUGCGGUGGGGAUUGCUCAAAGGAAAAGCAAAUCUUCGUGCCAGGGAAGACGUCAACAACAAUGAAAAUGCAACACAGGAUGAUGUGGAUCGGGCGAAUCAUGCUGGCCGCAUUGUCCAGAAUGACAUGGAGAACCUUCCGAUGGGUUUGGUGGUGAUUUGGGCUUGUGUUUUUACCAUCUUCGUAUCCUCUACUUCCGUUCAAGAUCCACAGGCAUUCUGCAUUGCGCACCUGGUAUUCACGGCCAUGUGGGCAACUUUCCGAGUGAUCCACACCAUCAUCUACGAGCUUCAACUUGGACUGUUGCGGGGCAUCACCUUUAUGUUGAGCAUGUGCUGCCUUUGGGGCCUUAUGAUCUUGAUGGUCGUUGCAGCUUUCAGUUUGCCGUGA